AUGCUCCCUUCGACGUACGCCUGUGCAAAGUAUCACUUGUACACCGCGGUCCUAUUCACUUGGACAGAUUACAAGACGAUUUUACUUCCAGUUGCCACAUUUGCUUCCGCCACCGCCCCCGUUCAAUCGCUCUCAAGCUUUAUUCAGGCCUUGCUUUGGAUAUGGAUCCACUUGCUUUUAUGUAAUGUGUCCAACCAGACAAGCGGGGUAGAAGAAGAUAGGAUCAACCGACACUGGCGUCCACUUCCGGCGGGCAGAAUCACAUCUCACCAAGCCUCCCGCCUACGCUGGACUACGGUGUUACUCUGUUUUAUCUGGUCGAGCUUGUAUGGCCUCCGACUAGUGUCCAUCAGCACGAUCCUUUUCAUCACGACUUAUCUUUACGACGAGAUUGGGCUUUCGAACCAUCCAAUCGGGAAGAAUUUCUGCAACAUCGGAGGAUACAUGUCAUUCGAGCUUGGUGCAACGAUUCUCAUAGGCACGUCUAUAGGACACGAAAAACAACUGGAUAUUAUAUCGCUCAGCGCUACCAUGCUCAGCGCAGCUGUUAUCUUCACGACCAUCCAGGCACAGGACUUCUCAGACGUCGUCGGUGAUAAAGCUGCAGGACGAGUUACGCUUCCGAUAUACGCACCAGAAUUUUCCCGCUUCCUUACCUUCGUCGCCCUCACAACAUGGUCCAUGAUUCUGUCGGUAUUUUGGGGAAUAGGGCUGCUGUGCGCGACAGUGCUGGUUUCGUUGGGGGCGUACGUAGGCUACCGUUAUUAUUUCUGGCGUACUCAGGAGAUGGACGAGAAAUCAUAUCUCAUCUUCAACAUAUGGCUGAUUGUCGUUCAUCUUCUCCCUAUCCACGCUCGGACGAACGUACUGAAGUUUUGA